CAUAGCGUAAAUAGUUUAGACAUGGCGCCGACUACUGAGGUAAACUCCAAUUAUUGUUGAUUUUUGUGGAAUUUUCAUUGUAUUGACAAAAUUUUGACAGUGUAAAGGAAUUUAAUAUUGAACAUAAGACUAUGGAGGACAAACAGCAAAGAAAUACCAUUAUAUUCAAUUCCUCUAAAAGUGAACUUUUCACUCCAAACAAUGGAUUAAAGUCGUUGAACAGAAAAUUAAGAUCACAAUGGAAAAUUAUGAACAAUAAAGAAGAAAUCACAUUAGAUAGAUUGUCUAAUGCCAGUAUAUUUGCCUUAUGUGGAUCAAGAGAGAAAUUUACUGGUGCAGAGUUUAGUGCCAUUAAAACAUACAUGGAAACUGGUGGAAGUUUGUUAGUUAUGUUGGGUGAAGGAGGAGAGUCAAGAUUUGAAACAAACCUGAAUUUUCUGUUGGAAGAAUAUGGUGUAUUUGUGAAUAAUGAUGCUGUUGUCAGGACUUCCUAUUACAAAUUCUUCCAUCCAAAGGAAGCUUUAAUAGCUAAUGGUGUACUGAACAGAGCUGUUAGUCAAGCUGCUGGUAAAAGUUUUUCCAUGACAGAUGAUGAUUCAAAUAAUGCACAAGCACUUUCUUUCCUUUAUCCUUAUGGAGCCACAUUAAAUGUGAUGAAGCCUUCUGUUGCUGUGCUAUCUACAGGCAGUGUAUCUUUUCCACUUAACAGACCAGUUAGUGCGUUUUAUACUUCAAAGGGAAGAGGAAAGAUGGUUGUUCUAGGGUCUUCACAUAUGUUCCAUGAUCAGUAUAUAGACAAAGAAGAAAAUUCAAGAAUAUUGGAUGUGGUAAUACGGUUUUUAACGACAGAGGAUAUUCGGUUGAAUCCUAUAGAUGCUGAUGAUCCAGAGAUAUCAGAUUACAGUCAGUUACCAGAUAUAGCUACAUUAGCAGCUAAGUUAAAAACCUGUCUACAAGAGAGUGAUGAAGUACCAAGGGACAUAACUGCAUUGUUUGAUAAUUCUUUAUUCAAAUUAGAUACAAGUUUAGUUCCUAAAUCUAUAAAAGCUUAUGAACAAUUACAUUCCAAACAUGAACCAUUGACACUGAUAACGCCUCAGUUUGAAACACCUCUACCACCACUUAACCCAGCAGUGUUUCCCCCGCAGUUUAGAGAACUGCCACCACCUUGUCUAGAUUUAUUUGAUCUUGAUGAACAAUUUUCUUCUGAAAAAGUUAGAUUAGCACAGCAAACAAAUAAAUGUACAGACGAAGAUUUGGAAUAUUUCACAAGAGAAUGUGGAGAUAUUUUAGCUGUUACAACAAAGUUACCAGCAGAUGCCCGUGAUGCUAAGCAUAUACUGGAAUAUGUGUUUGCACAAAUUGUAGAAUUCAAGAAAUUAAAUCAGGAACAAGAUUACGACACAGCUCAGUUUGGAGGUGGUGGUUAUGACAUGUGAAUAAAAACAAUUGUUUCUCACUUAUCUCAUUUUACAAAAUCUUAUCUUAUAGUUAGUGUUCACCAGAGUGUUCUGGGAUAACAAAAAGUAUUGAAAGAUGAUCCAAAACAUGAUAUAUAUAAAGAUUAUAAGCUUUUGGAGUCUACACAUUGUAGUUCUCCUUUGUUGUCUGUUAUAAUAUUCUUUAUAUAAAUCACUUGCAGUAAAGAUCAAAAGAAUAGGCUAACAAAAGUUGAAUGCCAGUCAAAUAAUAUUUAUUUCAGAGUAUUAUAUUAUCUAAUUUUGCCUUACUAGAGAAUUAUUUCUGUUAUGAAUUAAGAUGUAUUUACUGAAAACAUUUUUGUUAAGGGGAUAUUUAUUUAUCAAGUUAAAAUAUUAAAAAGUUAUAAAAAAGUUACAAAAAGAUAAUUUUAUAUCUAUUGAAUAUCUGAUCUGAAUACAUAAAUUAAUUGUAAAUUAUGUUCUCCGUCCUAUUUAUGUAUAUUUACAUAUCAUAUGUUCUUAAAGAUGUAAAUUAUUGUUUUUAUAUAGAUCUGAUAUGUGAAUAAAAGUAAUUUAUUAAA